AUGAAUCACCGUCCGACGGUGUCAGGGUUGGGUAUUACAGAUUUCAAGAAAAUGACCCCUCCAUACGUCCCAGACGCGCAGAAAGACCCUCCAGGUUGGUGGACACCUGUUUCCGCUGAUCAAUCUAUGGUUACGGAAGGUGGUACCCACCUUACCUUGGCUGUGGUCACGGAACGAGGCGCACCACCUCCGUAUUCUACCCAGGUACCUCGCCUGGCAGAAAGGAGGCGGUAG